UUUAAUCCCGACUGAUGCCAACCGUAGGUUAGCGAAAACGAAGGAGUAUGCCUUUCACCGAGCUCGGAUUGGAUUGUUAUUGGAAUUCUCGAUAACUACACACACACACACACACACACACACACACACACGCACGCACGCACGCACGCACGCAAUACAAACAAUUGGGAUCAUGCAAAAUAUUUUUAUAUGGCAAAAACGCAACACUCCAACACCGUUUAUCCGUUAAACAUUAUCAGAAGGAGAUAUCAAAACAAUAAUUUUACAUUAGUAGAAGAUGAUCAAAAUGAGAUGAUACAAUGGGUAAUAGGAACUUUCGAGCAUGAAAUAAAACGUAAUAAUCAUUUAUAUUGCGGCUGGAAUUUUAAUGUCUUCUACAAGUUCAUAGAUGAAUAUUGGAUAUACGACGAAGAUAUAGAUAUUGAAGAUAUAUGCGAAAAUAUUACAAAUAUAAUAGAGAUUAGAUCUAACAUUGUAUUAGAGAAACGAAGACCAAAAAAUGUCAAAUUUGCUGUUGGAAUGAUUAUAACGUACAACCGGCUCGGUUAUUGCAAUACUGACGGCGUAAUCAUUGGAUGGCAUCACCAAUGUGAUAAAAAAUUCCUAAAUAAAUUAAAGGAAACUGUUAUGUGUCCUUAUCUACGUUUCCAUGUUUUUUAUGACAUUUGUGAAUGUUAUAAGAGAACUUCUGACAAUCAACUGCACUACAUUAUCCUCGCCAAUGAUAAUAGAAUAUGUUAUAUUCGAGAAGACCAACUACGGUUCAGCAAAAAAAAUAAAAAAUAUUGAAAUUGGAAAAUAUUUUUCCCAUUUCAAAGGUACUCAUUAUGUACCGAAUAAAUGUUUAAAAAGAUAUUAUCCAAAUGACACAGCAAUACUUAGAAUACUUGCCAAACAAAAGAAUUGAUCACUUUAAAUUGUAUAAAUUUGUUAUGUUAUAUUUUGUAUGAUAUUAUAUUGCAAUAAAAUUUUUUUAUGAACA